AGCGUCGUUCGGGAAAUAAACAAGAUUAAUGAACGUGAACUCGAACUCGGGAUUUCAGGAUCAUGGCAUGAUGAAUAUAAGGAUUCUGCGUAUGUAUUUAUCGGUGGUCUGCACCUUGACUUGACUGAAGGUGACGUGAUCACCAUAUUUUCCCAGUAUGGGGAAGUUAUGGACGUCAAUCUCCCUCGGGACAAAACGACUGGGAAAACAAGGGGAUUUGCCUUCCUCAUGUAUGAAGAUCAAAGGUCCACGGUGCUGGCUGUCGAUAACCUCAAUGGUGCCAACGUGCUGGGUAAGACGCUGCGUGUGGACCACGUAAAGAACUAUAAACAGCCAAAGGUGAAAGGCGAAGAUGGAGAAUGGGAAGAACCCGAAGAACAGAGUCUGAAUGCCAAGCCAGAGAUGGUCAUGGAGGGAGGUCAAGCAUCGGAUUCAGACGCGUCUUCGGUUAUUUCCAUUGAUCCGGAAGACCCCAUGCGUGACUACAUCCUGGCACAGAGGAAAGAAGAAAAAGCUCUAAAGAAAUCUAAAAAAUCCAAAAAAUCAAAG